CGUCCUUCCUCGAUGCUGGUGUGUGUGUGUGUGUGUGUGUGUGUGUGACACGCUGCUUUUUUGAGGAGGAAGAUUGUAAGAGCAGCUGCCUCGUUUUUCUCUUCUCUGAGAAAGGAGGGAUGUUGUGAAGGAUAUACCUCUCCUGUAUACUUUCUUUCCUUCCUUCUUUUUGUCGCCUUUGUUUGAAAUCUUUACGCUUACAUCUAAUGCAAGACCGCGAGGGAUUGAAAGGGUGAAAGGCAUCAGUCUGGGUUCCGUCUGUACACUGCUCUUUCUGGAUUUUUUUUUAUUUUUUAUAAAUUGAUUAAUUUAUUUUCCUGGAAAUGUACACAGAGGGAGCUUCUUUGAAGGGCAGUAUGUUUACAUGGAGAGGAUUACUUCAGCUAAAAGACACUCGUCUGUGACUAAAACCAGACAGAGGCGGAUUUUUAGUUAUUUUUGUGUGCUUGUUGUAGUAGGAGCUUUAAAAGAGGAACAGGGUUAAGAGUGUACAGCUCUUUUGUAAUGGGAAGCAGUGAGGUUUAAUGAGAAUGGAAACACUGCUCGGGACAUUUCAUCAUUUCUCUACAGAAAACCAGCCUCUCCAGUCAGACUGAUGCAGACACCAGGGCCACAUAGGGCAAAACUUUCGUCUCGGGCGUUUUAUUUAUUUAUUUCCUUUUAUCCAGCAAUGUGUGCGGGGUUAACGCCGCAAGCAAGUGAACAUGUGGAUUAUUUGACCAAAAAUAAUUAAAUAAAACCGUGUUUUUUGUAGCAGAAGAGAGCCAAGCCCAGUCUGGUUGGGUUGGGGCACUGGGCUUUUGAUUGAUUUCGCCUGAAGAAGAACAGGGAGCGGGGAUGCAGCUGGCCAAAUGACGGCGGAUUUUCUUUGCCAGGCUCCAUUUUAUCCACAGAGGGAAUAAAUAAAGUGUCGUUGUCGAAGUUGAAGGACCUCAGGGACCAUGUCUUCUCGGGCAACACUGCAGACCGACAGGAAUUCAGACCACCAUGCUUCACUCUCUGCCAGCCGCUCGGACAAGGGCUCAGCCUGGUCGAAUCGCUCACUGGGAGCUCGCUGCCGCAACUCCAUCGCUUCCCUCUCAGACGAGCAUCCUCACAUCGGCAACUACCGGCUGCUCAAAACCAUCGGCAAGGGCAACUUUGCGAAAGUGAAGCUGGCACGCCACAUCCUGACUGGCAGAGAGGUCGCAAUAAAGAUAAUUGACAAAACCCAACUCAACCCAACCAGUCUACAAAAGCUUUUUCGAGAGGUACGGAUUAUGAAGAGCCUCAACCACCCAAACAUAGUUCAGCUCUUUGAAGUGAUUGAAACAGAGAAGACACUGUACCUUAUAAUGGAGUACGCCAGCGGUGGUGAAGUUUUCGACUACCUCGUGGCCCAUGGGAGAAUGAAGGAAAAGGAGGCACGGGCUAAAUUUCGACAGAUUGUAUCUGCAGUUCACUAUUGUCAUCAGAAGAAGAUUGUCCAUAGAGAUCUAAAGGCGGAAAACCUUCUGCUCGAUGCAGAUUCCAACAUUAAAAUCGCGGACUUCGGCUUCAGUAACGAGUUCACGCUGGGCAGUAAGCUGGACACGUUCUGCGGCAGCCCCCCUUAUGCCGCCCCUGAACUUUUUCAGGGCAAGAAGUAUGAUGGGCCUGAGGUGGAUAUCUGGAGCCUGGGGGUCAUUCUUUACACACUGGUCAGCGGAUCACUGCCUUUUGAUGGCCAGAACCUCAAGGAGCUGCGUGAGCGGGUGCUGAGGGGAAAGUAUCGUGUGCCAUUCUACAUGUCCACUGAUUGUGAGAGCAUCCUGCGCAGGUUCUUGGUGCUCAACCCUGCCAAGCGCUGUACCCUAGAGCAAAUCAUGAAAGAUAAGUGGAUGAAUGUUGGCUAUGAGGUAGAUGAACUGAAGCCACACGUAGAGCCUGUGGAGAACUACAAUGACCCGGAGAGGAUAGACGUAAUGAUAGGGAUGGGCUUUUCCCGUGAGGAGAUCAGGGAAGCUCUGACAACUCAAAAGUACAACGAGAUCACUGCUACUUACCUGCUGUUGAGCCGCAGGAGUGAGGAUGGCAGUGAGUCCAGAUCGAGUAGUACUCUGUCUUUAGCACGGGUUCGACCCAGUCCAAUAACCAAUGGUACCAGUAAACACUCCUCCACCUCCUCAUCCAGCUCGGCCUCCACCACCCACAGCAAACCACAGCGUACUGCCUCCACCUACCACCGUCAGAGGCGGCACAGUGACUUCUGUGGUCCUGCAGUGACUACAACUCAUCCUAAACGUAGCCCCACCAGCACAGGAGAGUCUGAGUUGAAGGAGGAGCGUUUGUCCACGAGAAAGGCAGGCUGCAGUGUGGUGGGCACUCGUAACAUCCCACCCUCCAGCCCCAUGGUCAGCACAGCUAACAACCCCAACAAAGCAGAGAUCCCUGAUCGCCGCAAGGAAGCCGCUGUCGCCUCAAACAACGUACCAGCAAGUGCCAUGACCCGCAGAAACACAUAUGUAUGUACAGAUCGCUCAGGCACUGAUAGACACACCUUACUGCAGAACGGCAAGGAAAACAGCUCACAUUCUCACCGUUUACCUCCAGCCUCUCCCUCCACACACAGCAUAUCUGGGGCGGGGGUGGCUUCAUCCUCCUCAGCCGAACGCUCCCGCCUGACCCGAGGUUCCACUGUCCGCAGCACUUUUCAUGGCGGUCAGCUCCGGGAGCGCCGGGUGCCUGCGCAUGCCCCACCAGCCUCCCCCACUUUGUCCCGCGAUGCCAGCCCGCUGCCCCACACCCGCACCCGUGCCACCUCAAACCUCUUAAGCAAACUCACCUCCAAGCUUACACGCAGGGUCAAUCUUGACCCUUCUAAGCGUCAGAGCUCAAACAAGUCCGUCUCUGGCUGCCCUCUGCCACAUGGAUCGAAAACAGUUAACGAACCUGAGAGAGUCUGCAGAUCUCCGGUCACAAGUCGCCAUCUAUCUGGGUAUCAAAAAGCGGCAGAGCCCCGGCCCCCCCGAUGCAGCUGGGAUGUGAAGGUGCAGAGCGCGCGGGACCCAGCCGAGGUGGUACUGGCAGUCCGUGAGGCGGCGCAGGGCUGCGGUUGCCAGGUGCACCAGGCUGGUCCGUUCCUCCUCUCCUGCACACACGGUGCUGCCGGCUCCCGGGUAGCAUUCGAGGCUGAAGUAGGCCACCUGCCUACAGAGGCCAGCGGGGUCCGAUUCAAGCGCCUAUGGGGGGCACCACUCGCUUUUCGGGACAUUGCUACCAAAGUGUCCAAAGAGCUGGAGCUUUAAAUGGCAACAGUGGGCAGAAGGGUAUGGAAGCAAAGCAGGGGACAAUAUAAUGGCAACUUCCCUACACCCAUUCGUACAGACUCUGAAACAAACAUGGAGAGCAUCGUGGUUGCCACAUACAGGCCCAGCUGAAAGAAAUCCCCUCCCCACUGAUUCCUACUCUGUGUCUUAGCCAAGCUAUUUGCUGUUCCAGUUUUGACAGACAUUUAUCUUCACCAUGGCGUCUCAGCCCUUCAUGUCAUUUCCUUUUAACAGCUGCUAUUACAUUUUGAACAUUUCUUUUUGUUCCUUUAAAACUUGCACCAUCCUGAACACUUCAAUUAUCAAACAUGUCCUGAAGACCAGUUCUUUUGUGUGUAUUUUAUAUUAACAUUUUCUGUGGAUGGAAAAACAGCCAAACACAGGUUUAAGAGCUGCCUAAUUGGAAUAAAAAGCUGUAUAAACCUG